CCGGAUAGCAUGGACCUUUCGGAAAGGUCGUCAUUUCAGUAUGCGUCUGCGCACAAUAUCGAAACACUUCCACCGUGGAACGUCCAUUCGCUUUUAUCAAGAAGGAAAAAUCAUCAUAUUUUCAGAUUUAGGUUGCCCUUUGACCUGUCCCGUGUAGCUACAGUGAUGGUCUGCAUUCCCUGCAUCGUCAUUCCAGUCCUCUUGUGGGUGUACAAGAGGUUCCUUGAACCAAUCAUCUACCCCUUCAUUGGUCCAAUCAUAAGCCGAUUCUGGCCAACAAGGAAAGCUGUCCAGGAGAGUGGCAUAGGAACUGGUGACGUGAAAGCCAGUGAAAAGAGCAAUGGUUGUCCAGUGAUGAGCAAUGGAGCAUGCAAGACUGAAGUCAAUGGUGUUGCUGCAAAUGGGCCGGCUGCAAAUGGUGUUGCUGCAAAUGGGCCGGCUGCAAAUGGGCCGGCUUCUCCAGUAUCUGACAAGAAGACUGACUAACAUUUCACCAGUUUUUCAACUGUGAAAAUAUUUGAAUACAAUAUGGAGAACUUAACUUUACCGUUCUUAUUUUCUGAAAUUGACUAAUGUGGGCUCUUUUAAUGCUGGCCUGGAUUUAACAUAGCAACACAUAUUGUACAUUUUCCGUAAUGCUCAUUUCAGUUGUUUUGAGGAAUAGAAUAUUUCUGCCUUUGUUUUAUCAUGCUUGAUUCCCUCAUGUAUUUAUUAUAACAGAUACAAUACCUACUUCUUUAUAGUAUUAAGUACAUGUUUAAUUUUCUAAUUCCGAAAUUAAUUAUUAGCAAUGAUUAAAAAGGACAUUUAAACACAUUCCGACCUUGUGAUUUUUAAGCAUUUGCUUUUUCCCCCUUUUAUGUGCAAUGUAUAAAUAAACCUAUGGAUUACUAUCAUUG